GGUCGACAGAGAACAUGGCUGCUCCCGUGGAUGACAUGUUUUCCUUCUGCGUGGACCCCGGCAAAGUCUCCACCGGCGUGGAUGUUAGAUUUAUAAACCAUGUAAAGGGCAAGGGUCUCUUUGCCAAAAAGAGCAUCAAGAAGGGGGACGCCAUUUUUCUCGAGCGGCCUCUGGUCUCGGCUCAGUUCCUGUGGAAUGCUUUGUAUAAAUACAGAGCCUGCGAGUACUGCUUACGUGCUCUGGAGACUGCGGAGGAGAAUGCGAGGAGACUCAGCGGCAUCCCUGGACUCAGCCUUCCUCAUCCUGAGCUCUGCCACGUUCGACCAGAGCUGCACCAAGCCUGCCCUCACUGCCAGGUGAUGUACUGCAGCAGCGAGUGUCGACAAGCCGCAGCAGAUGAGUACCAUCGAGUUCUGUGUUUGGGUUCCUCCCAGGACGAUCCGGACCAUCCCAUCAACAAGCUUAAAGAUGCAUGGAGGAGUAUGCAUUAUCCCCCAGAGACCUCCAGCAUCAUGCUUAUGGCCAGAAUGGUAGCUGCUGUCAAACAAGCCAAAGACAAAGCACACUGCCAGAAGCUGUUUUCCCACUUCUGUAGCCGGACAGAUAAUGAGGAAGAGCAGAUCGCCCAUAAGCUCCUGGGAGACAAGUUCAGAGGGCAGCUGGUUUUGCUUCAGAGCUUUUUUAAAGCGGCACUUCAUGACGAUCAUCUUAGUCGGUGGUUUGUCCCUGAGGGGUUCCGCUCUCUGUUUGCUCUCGUGGGAACCAACGGACAAGGCAUCGGCACGAGCUCUUUGAGUCGGUGGGUUCAUGCCUGUGAUGCACUUCAGCUUCCUGCCCAGCAGAAGGAGCAAUUGGACUCUUUUAUCGACCAGCUGUACAAGGACAUCGAGAAAGAAACGGGAGACUUCCUAAACUGUGAGGGCUCUGGACUGUUCCUGCUUCAAAGCUCAUGUAACCACAGCUGCAUACCCAACGCAGAGGCGUCCUUCCCCGACAACAAUUUCCUGCUUCAGCUCAGUGCCCUCAGUGACAUCAACCCAGGAGAGGAGAUCUGCAUCAGUUAUUUGGACUGCUGUCAGCGGGACCGAAGCCGCCAUAGCAGACACAAAGUUCUGAGGGAGAACUACCUGUUUGUCUGCUCAUGUCCAAAGUGCAUCUCCCAGAUGGAUGAGCUGGACGUGACAUCGGACGAGGAAGAAGAAGCAGAAGGCGAGGCAGAGGGGGAUGAGAUGGAAGAUGAGAUGACAGAUGUCUGAUGAAAGACUUGCCCAUAUUGUUCUCAGCCGUUCCCUUUCCUGCCACCACGCUAAGCAUCCAUGAAGCCCUGAGGAAUAAAGACCACCAUCUGCAUUUCACCAAAACUGUACAAAUGUGUGGAAAAUGUAUUAACAAAUGCAGACACAUUUCACUCGUUCUUUGUCUUGUUUUGGAGAUCGGCCACAGAACAAUGCAUGUCAGUAUUAGGACAGUUUUUGCUGUACUCCAGCGCACUGGGUGGUUUGAAAUAAAACAAAGACUUUCAAGGUUUGUGGGUGAACAGUUAAGGACUGACAUCUCUAAAACGUUCACUAAAUCUGGAUUAAAACACUAUUUUAAAUCUACAUUAAUUAAAAAACAUUCUGCCGACUUGGUGGCAGUUAUAAUACGACAUAUUGCCUUAUUAAAUAGUUACCAAACAGCACUUGAAAAUCUUCUGCUCUACAGUGGUUACAUUCCAAAAUUCAAACUGGAAAUGUCACUCAUAAGAGCGGUGAGAAUGAAUCACAAUGAGUUGAAAGGCUCCAAAGAAUGAGAGAAAUGGAAGAGGAUGGUGAUUAUUCUCAAUAGGUUCACUUUGAGUGGUAUUACACAGUCCGUUAAUCCAUUGUUAUAUGAUUAGAGCUGCUUUAUAUUACAGCUGGUAGUCGGUACUUUAUCCUCAGUGAUUGUGUUACUUGUUCAAAUGUUCCACAUCACUCAAUGUGCUGGCGAACAGAGCCGAAACUAAUAGUUAUUGCACUGCGUCUGACCUCCAGGUCCACUAAAUCAAACUCAGAAGAACUGUUGUCAUGUCUCGCUCCUUACAUCUCUCGAACAAGGCAAAGUGAUUAAGCCAAGGUCGGAUGAUUCUCAGGUGUUUUUCUCCACUUAAGAAGUUUCUUACAGGACUAUGCAUUAUUGUAUUGAGGCUUUAUUUAUAUUCCGUUGUAAUUACAGUCUUGUCGUGUGGGAGACGUGCAGCUGGUGAUAUAUAGUUUGGUUUUCAUACGAUGAUCUAUGGGGUUAAGUUGAACCGUCCUAAUGUAUAAUGGAGACCUUGAGUUGAAAAUUGCUUUGUCAGUAACUUCCCUUUGUUGACUGUAUUUCAAACCGCAGUUCCACAUGAGUGAAAGAGCUGCUGCCCACACAUGAAUCAAUAUUACGACUGUAAUCACAAUAUUUUUAGUUUCUUGACAAAGAUUGGAAACAUGGAAUGUAAUCACGUUUUUUUCCCCACAGGAGAAUGUGCAAGGCACACAUGUAUGAUUUAAAUAUAACCGCAGCAAACAGGAGCCUAGCAGUUGUCAUUUUUACUACUGUGGCAUAAACCAUUGAAAUUG